AUGCUGCCCAAGCCUGCGACUAGCAAACGGAGUGCGCUCCCCGACACGCUUCUCAAGCGUUCGCAGACAAUCGUAUUACAGCAUUUCCUUCAGACAAACGGGGUGCAGACGGACAUCAAUACAUUGCUGCGGGACGCUGUUCUCGUUACCAUCCAUCGAAAAUGGCUGGAGCAUCCGCCGCACACCCCGACAGAGAUUGGAAUAGCCACGUUCGACAGGAAGCAGGUCAACGACGGUCAGCCCGUCUUUCCCGGGCCACACGCGGAAGACCUCCUCAAGCACGUCUGGUUCAUGCACCUUCGCCUGCGACGGGGCGCUCACCUCCCAGCCGGCCCGGGUGACCCAGACGCGUUCCACUUCGGAACCUCUGUGUUUGUCAGCCAUGAGGAAGCGCUUGACAUGCUCCAUGAGAUUUGGCACCAGCCAAUCGAUGAGAAAAACCCUGGGCUUGGUUUUCGGCCGAUCAUCUGUCUUUCGUUUGGCGACAAUCACAGCCUGAGCAAGACCCGCAAGGACUUUGAUUUCGAUCCGGCAAACAUAAGCACCACCGCGGCAAUGCUCGAUGCGCAGGUCAUCGCUACGCAAGCCAGAAUCACCUCCUCUCAGUACCCGUCCAUCGAAUACCUUCUUCACCAAUUCCGCAUAUUGCCACACGACCAUGGCAACAGCGGAAACGCCGCUGCCUAUAUCACCAUGGUCGCCUUUCUAUCAGCGUUGAGGAAAGAGGUCUAUGAGUCGCUGCAAAAUCCGAGGGCGAAGCCGGGCCAGUCGGGGCCGUCGUCGUCGAAACCUGCCCAGCACGUGAUCAACUGGCUUAUGCAGCGUCCGACACCUGCACCUCCAUUCGGAACCACGACGUACUGCUAUCGGUGCAGUAACUGGGCGCAUGUCUUUGUGCAGUGCCAGGAGAAGGACUUCGUUUGCAGCAAGUGCUUGCGAUCGGAUUCGACAUGGCGACGCGCGAAUGCUGCGACGCAUAAGGAGGGCUUGUGCAUUUUCCACUUCUAG